AUGACUAUUAUUGAUAAAAAGAAAAAUUUAAUUCGAAUAGCUAUCGAUCGUGGUGGGACUUUCACAGACGUUAUUGCUAAUCCCGGCUCAGGAAAACCAGAAGACGAUUUGGUGAUCAAGUUACUUUCAGUUGAUCCUAAAAACUAUAGAGAUGCCCCGUUAGAAGGUAUUAGAAGGGUAUUAGAAAAAUUUGAAAAUAAGAGUAUCCCCCGUAAUGUACCUUUAGACAUUUCUAACAUUGCAUCUAUUAGAAUGGGGACCACAUUAGCAACCAACUGUGCAUUAGAGAGAACUGGCGAACGUUGUGCUCUUUUGGUUACCAAGGGGUUUAGGGAUGCCUUAUUGAUCGGUGAUCAAACUAGGCCUGAUAUCUUCGACUUAAACAUCAGAAAAUGUAAACCCUUAUAUGAAAUUGUUGCUGAAGUCGAUGAAAGGGUUACUCUGGAAGAUUACACAGAGCAACUGCCAUUUAAAAAAUCCAUAGUUUCUAAAGAAAAAAACACUUUGACUGGAAAGAGUGGUGAGGUUGUUCGUAUAUUAAAGGAACUGGAUGUGAAGUCAGUUGAAAAUUUAUUAUCAAAUAUAUAUAACAAAGGGAUUAGAUCAAUUGCUGUAUCCUUUCUUCAUUCUUAUACAUAUCCGGAACAUGAAUUGUUAGUAGGCACAAUUGCUAAGAAGAUUGGUUUUAAACAUGUUUCACUAUCCUGCAAAACUUCACCUAUGAUAAAAUUUUUACCAAGAGCCCACAGUUCUGUAGCAGAUGCAUAUCUAACUCCCGUUAUUAAAGAAUAUCUCGACAGUAUAUUUCAUGGUCUAACUAAUUGGGAAAAUACAAGUGUUCAAUUUAUGCAAUCAGAUGGUGGAUUAGUAGACAGAAACAAGUUUUCUGGUUUAAAAUCCAUUUUAUCAGGUCCGGCAGGUGGUGUAGUAGGCUACUCAACUACUUGUUAUGAUAAGACUAAUAAUAUUCCUUUGAUUGGCUUUGAUAUGGGAGGCACAUCAACUGAUGUUAGUAGAUUUGGAGAUAACAAGUUGGAACACGUCUUUGAAACGACCACAGCAGGAAUAAUCAUUCAGUCACCUCAAUUGAAUAUCCACACUGUUGCAGCUGGAGGCAGUUCCAUACUUUCAUGGGAAAAUGGUAUGUUUAAAGUAGGCCCUGGUUCUGCUACGGCUGAUCCAGGCCCUGCUGCCUACAGAAAAGGUGGACCAUUGACUAUUACAGAUGCUAAUCUAUUUUUGGGUAGAUUAGUCCCAGAAUUUUUCCCUAAAAUUUUUGGUCCAAAUGAGAAUGAACCCCUAGAUUUAGCAACCACGACCAAGCUAUUUAAUGAAAUCACAACAGUAAUUAAUAAAGACCUACAUUCAAAUUUUACUCCUGAAGAAGUUGCAUAUGGUUUCAUCAAUGUUGCCAACGAAGUGAUGGCUAGACCCAUUAGAGCAAUUACUGAGGCUAAGGGCCACAUUGUAUCAGACCAUUAUUUAAUCACUUUUGGUGGUGCUGGUGGACAGCAUGCAGUUGCAGUAGCGGAAGCCCUAGGAAUCAAGACUGUUAUUGCUCAUAGAUACUCUUCCAUUCUGUCUGCUUAUGGUAUAUAUUUAGCUGAUGUGGUUGAAGAAAGACAAGAACCGUGCUCAUAUGUUUUAGGAUCACCAGAAACCACCUCUUUUAUCAAUGAUAGGUUUAAUAAAUUAACUCAUGAGUGUAUCUCCGAAUUAGUUAAGCAAGGGUUUUCCCUAGAAGAUAUAGAAGUACAAAAAUACUUAAAUUUAAGAUAUGAAACUACUGAAACAGCCUUAAUGAUUAUGCAAGUGGGAAUAAAUUGUGAUUUCAAGUCACUUUUCCAUGAUAGUUACAAGAGAGAAUUCGGUUUUGCAUUUGAAAACAAAAACAUCAUUGUAGAUGACAUUAGAGUAAGAACUAUUGGAAAAUCGCAUGUUCGUGAACAGCACUCAGUGGACGAAGAGAUGAAAGCUAUCAAGACCUUCAACCCUGUUAAUAUAUCUAAGGAAGCUAGUUUUUUUAAAGAUGUUUAUUUUAAUGGUGGUUUUAUACAAACACCAAUUUAUAGAAUUGGUAAUAUGAAAGUUGGGACAGUUGUAUCUGGUCCUGCUAUAUUAGCUGAUGGUACCCAAACAAAUAUCAUUCCACCUAAUGCAGAAGCAACUGUAUUAAAAGCCCAUAUUUUUAUCAAGAUAAAGGAAAAGCAUGUUUUAAAAGAAAAGGAAAAGGAUGACUUUGUUGAUCCUAUAAUGUUAUCUAUAUUUAGCCAUAGAUUCAUGGAUAUUGCUGAACAGAUGGGAACACAAUUAAGAAAGACUUCAGUGUCUACUAAUGUAAAGGAAAGGUUAGAUUUUUCUUGUGCACUUUUUGACCAGACUGGUGGAUUGGUUGCAAAUGCACCACACGUACCUGUCCACUUAGGAUCUAUGUCUACAUGCAUUGCAGCUCAAGCUAAAUUAUGGAAAGGGAAAUUGAAACCUGGUGAUGUAAUCAUUACUAACCAUCCAGAUAUUGGUGGAACCCAUUUGCCUGAUAUCACUGUAAUCACCCCAGCCUUUUCUAAAAAAGGUGAGCUAUUGUUUUAUGUUGCCUCUAGAGCACAUCACGCAGAUAUUGGAGGUAUUCUUCCUGGAUCAAUCCCUCCAAAUUCAAAAGAACUAUACGAAGAAGGUGCCACCAUAUUCUCCGAAUUGUUGAUAAAGAAUGGUAUCUUCCAAGAGGAUUUGGUAUACAAAUUAUUUGUCGAAGAACCUUCAAAAUAUCCUGGCUGUUCGGGUGCAAGAAGAAUUAGUGACAAUAUUAGUGAUUUGAAGGCACAAGUUGCAGCUAACACAAAGGGUAUUCAACUAAUUGAACAAUUGGUUGAUACAUUUUCUUUCCCAAUGACCUUAAAGUACAUGGUUGCUAUCCAAAACAAUGCUUCAGAAACAAUUAAAGACACACUAAAAAAGUUGGUGCAGCAUUUUGGUUCAAGUAUAUUUGAAGGUGAGGAUUACAUGGAUGAUGGUUCUGUUAUUAAAUUAAAAGUGACGUUAGAUGUUGAUGCUGAAAAUUAUAUCUUCGAUUUUACUGGUACCUCUCCCCAAAUAUAUGGGAAUAUUAAUGCUCCAAUUGCCAUUACUAACUCUGCGAUAUUGUAUUCUUUGAGAUGUCUUGUAGGGGAAGACAUCCCACUGAAUCAAGGUUGUCUAGAGCCAAUAACUAUUAUAAUACCUAGUGGCUCAAUCUUGAAUCCAAACUGCGGUGCUGCUGUUGUAGGUGGAAAUGUGCUAACAUCACAGCGUGUUACCGAUGUUAUAUUAAAAACAUUAAAUGUUAUGGCAGAUUCUCAAGGCGAUUGUAAUAACUUUACUUUUGGUUGUAGUGAUGUUAUAGAUCCAAAGACAGAUGAAGUAAUUAGAGGUUUUGGAUACUAUGAAACAAUAUGUGGUGGAUCUGGUGCUGGUUGUGAUUCUUGGAUGGGUCCUGGAUGGAAUGGUUGCGAUGCGGUGCAUACCAAUAUGACAAAUACACGAAUGACUGAUGUUGAGGUGUUUGAAAGACGCUAUCCGGUAAUAUUGAGAGAGUUUUCAAUAAGAGAAGGAUCUGGUGGUGCUGGGAAAUACACCGGUGGAAAUGGUGUAAUUCGGGAUGUAGAAUUUAGAAUCCCUGUAACCGCUUCUAUAUUAUCUGAAAGAAGAGCAAUCGCUCCUCAUGGAUUGCAUGGAGGUAAAGAUGGUCAACGUGGACAAAACAUAUGGAUCAGAAAAGAUACAAACGCGACCAUUAACAUUGGAGGUAAGAAUUCCUUUCAAGCUAAACCAGGAGAUAGAUUAAUAAUUAUGACUCCAGGUGGUGGUGGCGUGGGUGAAGUGUGA